AUGGUUUGUGUUUGUUUAGAUGACCCUGUCAGGACUUCCCUAAGCACUAUAACGGAAGUCAGCUAUGUUCAAAAGUCAGACAAAGGCACAGUGAAAACUAAGUCCUACAGUUACUCCAGCAGCACAUCAACUAAAAGGAUUGGAAGUGAAAAUAGGACAUCAACUCUUGAUCACAGACAGGCAGAAAGAACUCAGCUAAUAAGGGCUCAGACUCUGCCCAAGACAUCUGCAGCCCAUGCACAAAAGGCCAUCGCUGAGAAGCUUGAGAAAGACGCUGUAAGCAACUCUGCAAAUACAAAAGUAAACAAGGUGCAGCGUUCCACCAGCUUUGGUGUCCCCAGUGCAAACUCCAUCAAACAGAUGCUUCUAGACUGGUGCAGAUCCAAGACGUAUUCCUAUGAGAAUGUGGACAUUCAGAACUUCUCCUCUAGCUGGAAUGAUGGUAUGGCAUUCUGUGCUCUAGUGCACAACUUCUUUCCAGAGGCAUUUGACUACUCCAGCCUUAGUCCCAGUAACCGUAGACAGAACUUUGAGGUGGCCUUUAGCACGGCAGAGGCUUAUGCUAACUGUAUGCCUUUACUGGAGGUUGAGGACAUGAUGAUAAUGGGUAAGAAACCGGACUCCAAAUGUGUUUUUACCUAUGUGCAGUCACUGGUCAAUCAUCUACGGAAAUAUGAGAUGACAAAGGCCCGGGCUCAGCAGAACACUGACUUCUGAUGCAGCAUUUCUGAUGAAUAUGUAAGGAGACACCUCACUUCUAUUAAAAACUGUUCAAUGAAUAAUAAUUAAUUCAAUUAAUAUACUAAUUCAGGUCAUAUUGUAAUCUGUAUAUUGUCAAAUCCACGAAAAUGUCAACCUAACCAUAAAAAAUAAAGCUUUUACCAAAGGUAA